AUGACACUACUUGCGCGUCUUGCACUUCAGAAAGCGACGCAGUAUCUUCAGCAUAUCCAAUUGCUUGCUUACCUAAAUGCACAGUUGGCUCAAACGGGUGCGCAACUUGCACAGAUGACACUACUUGCGGGUCUUGCACUUCAGAAAGCGACGCAGUAUCUUCAACUUCUCCAAACACUUGCUCCGCAAAAUGUACAGCUGGCUCAAACGGGUGCGCAACUUGCUCAGAUACUACUACUUGCGGGUCUUGCACUUCAAAAUACGACGAAGUAUCUUCAACUUCUCCAAACACUUGCUCAGCUAAAAAAUGCACAGCUGGCUCAAAUGGCUGCGCAACUUGCACAGAUGACACUACUUGCGCGUCUUGCACUUCAGAAAGCGAUGCAGUAUCCGGAAACAAAUGUGCAGGAAAAUGCACAGUUGGCUCAAACGGCUGCGCAACUUGCACAGAUGACACUACUUGCGGGUCUUGCACUUCAGAAAGCGACGCAGUAUCUUCAACUUCUCCAAACACUUGCUCUGCAAAAUGUACAGUUGGCUCAAACGGGUGCGCAACUUGCACAGAUGACACUACUUGCGGGUCUUGCACUUCAGAAAGCGACGCAGUAUCUUCAACUUCUCCAAACACCUGCUCAGCUAAAUGCACAGUUGGCUCAAAUGGCUGCGCAACUUGCACAGAUGACACUACUUGCGGGUCUUGCACUUCAGAAAGUGAUGCAGUAUCUUCAACUUCACCAAACACUUGCUCGCCUAAAUGCACAGCUGGCUCAAAUGGCUGCGCAACUUGCACAGAUGACACUACUUGCGGAACUUGCACUUCAGAAAGCGAUGCAGUAUCCGGAAAUAAGUGUGUAG